GUAAAUCUUGCUCAAUUCGAAUCAAUAAGAAUGAUCGGAAAAGGCUCUUUUGGCAAAGUCCGAAUGGUCCGUCAUGUCGAACGCAGAGACGAAUGCUAUGCUAUGAAAUGUAUAUCUAAAGAACACUGUAUCAAACUCAAUGCUGUCCGAAACAUUAUUCGAGAACGAACUAUUCUGGAGCAGUUAGCGCACCCUCUUGUGUGUAACAUGCGAUUUGCGUUCCAUGACGCGAGUACGAUGUAUAUGGUUAUGGAUUUGAUGCUUGGUGGAGAUAUGCGCUUUCAUAUAUCGCGACAGCGACAUCCUGAGAAUGUGAUUCGAUUUUGGAUGGCUGAACUCAUAUGUGCUGUCAAGUACUUGCAUUUUCAGGGCUUUGUGCACAGGGAUAUCAAACCAGACAACAUACUUUUGGAUCAAGAAGGCCACAUACAUUUGACCGACUUUAAUAUUGCCUGCUCAAUCCCAAGGAAGCCUCAAUCACUUCUUCGUUCACGGUCUGGGACAAUAGUUUAUUUUGCUCCCGAAGUAUUCAAGGGGCACGGCUACAACGAAGACGUAGACUGGUGGAGUGUGGGGAUCACUUUUUACGAGUGCAUUUAUGGAAAGAGACCAUGGCCAGGCAAUGAAACUGCUGAAGAACUUGCCCAGACCGUACUUAGGGGCACAAUUUGCUAUCCCAGCACCGAAGGGCGAUCUGUGUCACCAAGCUGUGUAUCUGCCAUUCAAGGCUUCUUGGAAUACGAACCUAACAAUAGACUUGGACACGGUACUUCUGGCUGGAAUCGGUUGGUUCAACACCCUUUCUUCCACUCUGUCAAUUGGAAUGCCAUUGACACCAAACAGACCACACCCCCAUUUCGCCCUUCGUCUUCGCAGGGCAAUUUUGAUGCCAUAUAUGAUAUCGAAGAUCUCUUGGUGCAUUCUUCUGGUUCGAUAUCACCGCGUGCGGCUAAUUGGUUCUUCCGGUCAAGUCAACCCUCUGAGUUGGAUGAACGGCGAGUGCGGCUACUCAAGGAAAUUGACGAAAAAUUCAAGCCGUUUGACUACACC